AUGUCUAUUCCCGCCGUGGUAAUAGACGAAGACUACGCCAAUGCCUCAAGGCGCCAGGAACGAUCACAUCCGGAGAACAUGAUCCAUCGGGACGCCGUCAAGUCACAUACCGAAAACGAAAAUAGCGAUAGACUCAGAAAACUCAAAUCACCAGCUUCAAACCGCUCCUUGAAGCGGGAAAACGAUGACCUACCUCCAGGGCGAAGACGGACCUGCGCCCCUACAAAUACCAGGAAUGCUCGCACAUCCGAAGAUGAUACUGAACAAGACCCAACCGCUAAAGCAGGGAAGCUCUGGAGACCUGACGAGGAACCUCUCAAGCGGACGGACGAUGCAGAAUCAUCACAACCGACGAGGAGCAGCCGAACAUUCGAGCCACGCUCGCCUGAGAUGGACCAGACCGAAGUCCCGAUCAAACAGCCAGAGACCAGGCCGAUUACCCAAGAGCAGCUGGUUGCUGAGGUCAAGGGAAUCUACGCUGGUCUUGUAAUGGUCGAGAGCAAGUGUAUAGAGGUUGACAACGCGCAAAGCUCUACAAUCGAGACGGGCCCAAAAUUGAACAACGAACAGUGGCAGGCCUUGAUCGCCCUGCAUCGCACACUCUUACACGAACAUAACGACUUUUUUCUGAGCCAGUCAUCAUCAGCACCAAAGAAAAGCCAAUUCUCAUCAGGGGUAACGGAUUAUAUUGUGGAGGGAAGCGUCAAUGGCAUAGGAAUCGAGGCAUCACCGGAUACUGGUUCUGAUGAAUGCAUCGUAUCAUCCGACUUUGCCUCCAAACUGGGCCAAAGUACAGUUCCUGGCACGGAGAAGAUGAUGACUCUUGCAAACGGGAAGAAGGUUUGGUCGCCAGGGAUGAUUGAGGUGCUCUGGCGGUUUGCGAAUGACCAGACGCCUCACAUCUUGAAAUGUUGGAUUCUGCCAAAUUCUUCCAAAGACUUCGUCUUAGGAAGUCGGUUCUUGAAAAUGACAGGAGCUCUGACUAAGUUCUUCCGCCAUGCUUAG